AUGCUGAAAACACCAGAUCUGCUCCUGUUCUUCUGCCUUGUUGGGGCAACAAAUGCUCUAUACAAACAAUGGAUUCCUGACACUAACUAUGCGAAUGGGACCAACUGGGACAAGGGAGAUGUCCCAUGUGGCAAUGACAUUGCACUUUUUCCAGGUCAAAAGAAAGUGUCUGUGUUCGUGGAGAGCAUGCACGCCGUGCGGGAGAUGAGGCUGCCCAUCGAUGGAGAGUUCAUAUUGAAUCCAGGGGCUGGCUUUUAUGUGCUCAGCGGACAAGACCCCGGUUGUGGAGCGGGUGUGACGGCCCAGUUCAAAGAUUCAGAGCCUCUUCAGUGGUUUAAUCCGACGUUGUGGCAGGCGGCUGCAACUCUGGAUGACCUGCAGCAUGGAAACCUACUGUUUUCCGUCCACGAGGAGAGUGUCCCCUGUCAGCAUGAUGAUGUUGUCUUCAAAGCCUUGUCCUCCUUCAGAGUGGACACCGGCUCCAGUCAGGCAAACAUCCCUGUCAAGUCUGUGUCCGUUCUGGGGAAGAUGUUUGAAAGAAAAUCUGAUUUCUACAAAUAUCUCAGGUCAAAGUCCGGGCAACUGCAGUUUCAGGGGUCCUCGGCUGUUACCAUCGGGAACCCGGGCUGUCAGGACCCCUCUGGCUGUGACUGUGGGAACUCUGCAAACCAUCAGCAGAUCUGCGGAACUGUAACGUGUAACCCUGCCAGCUGUAAGAAGCCCCUGUUACCCAUUGGACACUGCUGCGAAAUGUGUGGUGCCAUUGUGACCGUCUAUUAUGCCACCGGUUUCAAUCUGCACAAUUACAGGGAGCGAAUACGCCACCUUUUUCUUACCUCCUCACAGUACAACUCCAUUCAGCUGGGCAUGUCCAAAGUUUUGAAAUCACAAAAGCUGAUGGGGAUUAUCCCUUUUGGAACAUCACCUGAAAUCCAAGUAGUUAUUCUGGAUGGCCAGUCGGGCGCACUGGCAGAAACUCUGGCCCGGGACAUAGUGAGGGACGCUGGUUCCCACGGCUCUAAACUGGGGAUCACAGGGAUGGAAUUUCAGGCCUCUUCUGGGAGCAGCAGUGAGCAGUCUGGAAGCAUUGCGGGGACUGUGGUCGGAGCUGUGUUUUCUGCUUUACUUGUGAUUACCCUAAUUAUCGUCCUGGUUUUCCUGGUUCGAAAGGGUGUCGUUCGAAUGCCAUCCAUGCCUUCAGUCCCAUCGACUCUCCCCUGGCAGCGAAACACUGAUGCUGGCCUCGAUGGAACAAUUGACCAUGGAUUUGAUAAUCCCAUGUUUGACAAGCCUGAUACACUUUCAGAUAUCCCUGGUCUUUAUGAAGCUAACCGUAAUUCGAUCGCUUUGACUGAGUCGGGUGUGUAUUUUAUCAAUCCAUCUUAUGAUGAGAAUUCAGCAGACAUUACUGUCUAA